GAAGGUCAACCUUUAUCCACCGCGACAACAACCGACUUUCCUUGGGAUUUCUCGAGACGAUUUAACAACCAACCUCUCAAGUCCAAACCCGCGGUCCAUCGAUCAUCGAGAAAAUCAGUCAACAUGGCGGUCCCAGGAACCCAGAUUUCCAAGCGGAGAAAGUUCGUUGCUGACGGUGUCUUCUACGCCGAGCUGAACGAGUUCUUCCAGCGCGAGCUGGCUGAGGAGGGCUACUCGGGCGUCGAAGUUCGCGUCACCCCCACCGUCACCGACAUCAUCAUCCGCGCCACCCACACCCAGGAGGUCCUCGGCGAGCAGGGUCGCCGCAUCCGCGAGCUUACCAGCCUGAUCCAGAAGCGCUUCAAGUUCCCCGAGAACAGCGUCUCCCUCUACGCCGCCAAGGUCCAGAACCGUGGUCUGUCCGCCGUCGCCCAGUGCGAGUCCCUCCGCUACAAGCUCCUCAAUGGCCUGGCCGUCCGUCGUGCCUGCUAUGGUGUCCUGCGUUUCAUCAUGGAGUCCGGCGCCAAGGGUUGCGAGGUUGUCGUCUCUGGCAAGCUCCGUGCCGCCCGUGCCAAGUCCAUGAAGUUCACCGAUGGCUUCAUGAUCCACUCCGGCCAGCCCGCCAAGGACUUCAUCGACAGCGCCACCCGCCACGUCCUGCUCCGACAGGGUGUCUUGGGUAUCAAGGUCAAGAUCAUGCGCGGCUCCGACCCCGAGGGCAAGGCUGGUCCUCAGAAGUCGCUGCCCGACGCCGUCACCAUCCUCGACCCCAAGGAGGAGACCCCUGUUGUCCAGCCCGUCAGCCAGGACUACGGUGCUAAGGCCGCCCAGGUGCAGGCUGCGGCUGAUGCUGCCCGGGCCCAGGAGGAGCAGGCGGAGGGUGCUGAGCAGCCUGCUGCUGAGCAAUAGUAGGGUUACUGCAGCGGGGUGUGGUCCGUCACAUAGACCUUGGGAGGUUUUUAGGGCUGAAUGGACACAAUACUCCUCAUAGUGGUGGUUCUCGGCAAAGCGGUCCAGCCUUGACGACGCGCAGGGAAGUGCCUUUUUUGUCUGGCACUGGGGAUUCCGAUCAUGAGCAGCUCAUGAGCAGCUGCAGCGGAAUCUGAUAGGACCAGCAUCGAGGGAAGGAGAGAAAGGGAGAGGAGGAUUCCAUCACCAAAACACUAGGGUCCGGCGUAAUUUGAUGUGCAUUUUUUGCUGGGAUCAGGGAAAGGAAUCUGCUUCGCAUCCGUUUUGUAAUUCUGCUACCCGGCUUGAGACAAAAUGGACAAUCGAAAAGCAACAUUGAGAGAUGAC